CGGAUAUUUACAUAUAUGGUAAAGUUUUACCUGAAGAGCUUUGCGCUCAUCCACCAUUGUAGUCUGACUUCAUAGUCAAUAAGCUCCUCAUUUUUCUCUAUCCUUCGCUGCGAAGCCGGCGGCGUUUCUGGGUCUUGUUGAUAAAUGGCUUUCGCUUUGCAUAGUAGAGUUUUAUCUUGCACUUACAGAUAAAGCGAAGAACUGUAGUUCCAGACAGUGGUUUUCUGAAGUGUUCCUGAGUCCAUGUGGAGAUAUCCUCUACACGUUGUCGGUUUUUGAUGCAGUACCGCCUGAGGGAUCAAACGCCCGUGAUAUCAUCGCUUACGUGCAGUGAUUUCUCCUGAUUCUCUGAACCUUUUGAUGAUAUUACGGACCGUAGAUGGUGAAAUCCCUAAAUUCCUUGCAACAGCUCAUUGAGAAAUGUUGUUCUUAAACUGUUCGACAAUUUGCUCACGCAUUUGUUGACAAAGUAGUGACCCUCGCCCCAUCCUUGUCUGUGAAUGACUGAGCAUUUCAUGGAAGCUGCUUUUAUACCCAAUCAUGGCACCCACCUGUUCCCAAUUAGCCUGUUCACCCGUGGGGUGUUCCAAAUAAGUGUUUGAUGAGCAUUCCUCAACUUUCUCAGUCUUUUUUGCCACUUUUGCCAGCUUUUUUGAAACAUGUUGCUGGCAUCAAAUUCCAAAUGAGCUAAUAUUUGGAAAAAAUAACGUUUCUCCGUUUGAACGUUAAGUAUCUUGUCUUUGCAGAUUAUUCAAUUGAAUGUAGGUUGAAAAGGAUUUGCAAAUCAUUGUAUUCUGUUUUUAUUUAUGAUUUACACAAGGUGCCAUCUUCACUGGUUUUGGGUUUUUGUAUUUUAUUUUGCCAGCAUGGUCUCUACAUCCUCUUUAAACAGCCUAACUUGAUCUUUCGGAAACUUCCUUCGCCAGCAUAGUGUCCUCUCCGCCUUUUGUAUCCUUUUGAAUAAAAUCAUCCUUUCCUCGAGCAGGACAGUAACAAGGAGCCAUCAUGUCCUCUGAGAAGGAGACGUCCUCAUCUCCUCGUCCUUCACCUUCUUCUCACUUCAUCGGGAAGAGGGACGACAUCAUCAGACACGGCCGCGUGACCAAGCUAGUGAACGGGUGCCGAGACGUGCUGGUCAUCUACCACCAAGGGGAGUUCCACGCCAUGGACAUGCGUUGUUACCAUGCAGGUGGUGCAUUAGCGCAUGGAGACAUUGAGGAGUUCAACGGCCGGGCAUGUAUCGUAUGUCCGUGGCACAAGUACAAGAUAACGCUGGCGGAAGGCGAAGGGCUGUAUCAGGCCGUGGACAACCCGGCGGUCAAACCUCUGAGGACACGCUGGCGCUCCAAAGGCAUCAAGCAGAGGGUCCACAAGGUCAACUUGGUGGACAACGACGUGUACGUCACGUUGAACGACUCCCAGGAGGCCGUGGAGUCGGAUUACUACCAGACAGAGCAAUACAGGACUGACUCAUGCAAGGUUCAGGCCAAAAAAGUCCACUGACGGACAAUGUGUCACUUACAGUGUUGGCACUAACGCGUUACAGUAACGUUAUUUUCGGCAGUGACGAGUAGUCUAACGCGUUAUUUUUUAUAUUCAGUAACUCAGUUACCGUUACUACAUGAUGCGUUACUGUGUUAUUUUACUGUAUUUUUUUAUAUAUAAUCUGCUAGAAACUGAGAAGAUCUGAGUGUUUAAUUGGA